CUCGCCCGACCCCUAGCUCCUCUUCCCCCAUUCCGUCCCAACCCCACCCAAACCCCACGCCACGAGCUACCGCGCCAUGGCGCCGCCGCGGAUGAACCUGGUCGACGACGACGUCCUCGCGGAGAUCCUCCUCCGCCUCCCGCCGGACGAGCCCGAGCACCUCUUCCGCGCCGCCCUCGUCUGCAAGCCCUGGCUCCGCGUCAUCUGCCUCCCCGCCUUCCGCACCCAGUACCGCGCCUUCCACGGAGCCCCUCCGCUGCUCGGCCUCCUCUAGCGGAACCAGGUCUGCGACGGGGAUCCGGCCCCGCGCUUCGCCUCCACCACCUCGAUGCCCGACUUCCCCCACCCGGCCUCCGACCGCUGCCCCGCGCGCCCCCUCGACUGCCGCCACGGCCGCGUCCUCCUCCACAUGUCCCACGAUUCGGAUGUGGAUCUCCUCGUCUGGGACCCCGUCACCGGAGACCGCCGCGUCGUGCCCGAGCCGGACAUCGACUGGAUGGUCUACACCGCCGCCGUGCUCUGCGCCACCGCCGGCUGCGACCACCUCGACUGCCACGGCGGCCCCUUCCGCGUGGUCUUCCUGGCCACCGAUGACCGCGAGGAGGUCGUCCAGGCAACCGUGUACUCGUCGGCGACAGCUGCGUGGAGUCCGCCGGUGUCUCUUGACGAUAGCUGUGAAUGCUAUGCCCGGCACAAGCGAGACGCAACUGCAGAAAUGAUGUUCUUCUCCUCCUACAUACCCUAUGUCCAGCCCAGGUGAGUGGCCGCCAUUGGGGAUGCGGUCUACUUCACAAUUUCGCGGUCCGCUGCCAUUGCCAAGUAUGAUUGGGGCGAGAAUCGCCUGUCUGUGAUUGACCCACCACCACCAGAUACAUAAGUGUACGGUGGUUUCGUCUCCCUCAUGGACAUGGAGGACAGUUCACUGGGGCUCGCUGGUGUCGACGAUUCCACUUCCAGUCUGCAUCUCUGGUCAAGGACGGUGAAGGGAGCUGCAAAAUGGGUACAAAGCAUGGUCAUUGACCUGGAGAAAGCCAUGCCCAUGGCCAAUCCCCGCGAAGGUGAUGGGGCAUAUGUGGUUGGUUUCACAGAGGGUGUCGGUGUCAUCUUCGUUAGAACAGAUGCUGGCUUAUUCACGCUCGAGCUCAAGUCCGGGCUAGUGAAGAAGGUUGACGAAUUUGGGGUCUACUUUUCCGUUUUACCCUACAUGAGCUUCUACACUCCUGACCGUGGUAGAUUGUCAUCGCUGGCAAGGCUCACUGAUGUCUGACGUGCAACUCAAGAGCAGGACCUGGUGAAAUGGACGAAUCCAUCACUACCUCAAUUCUUUUGCGAAUCACUCACUAAACUUAAUUCUGCUGCUGGCUUCUUGAAGUCUUGGGAGAUCCUUCAUUUCUUUUUUCUCGAGUAGUUAAAGCAUGACUGGUGCAGGUCGUUAUGACAUGCGAGGGAUGCAGGUUUCGUAUCCUCUGGUCACAGGUCGACCCAAAAUUCAUCCAUCCAAACCAUCUAGCCAGCUCUGAUUUCAAAGUAAGAAAUGUAGAAGGAAAAUGGACCGAGAGGGGUGUCCGAGAGCCACUGAGGUCAAUUGUGGAUGUUUUAGUUGAAUUCGUGCUGAUCCUUAUAUAGGACUAAAGGUUGUACAAGCAUCAAAAAAGUCGGGGCAUAUUUGAUAUUUCAGUUGCUGUUUGGUUAAUGUUUCGCUGAGCUAGGCUACUAUGUGGGGUCUGUAAUCUGUUGCUGUUCUAUCCUGGAAAGU